GAUUACUACUCUUCCUUUAAGACAAGCAUUCUUUUCGCCGUUUGACUGUGAAAUAUUCAGCUUCUGAUAGUGACAGAGAUUUUAUUUUGGAGUCUCUGACCGGAAACGCGGUGUCUUUCUCCCGCCUUGCCGCAGAGUGUUUCGCGGAGGCUCUCUCGGUGUACCGUCUUUCUUCUUCAUGUCUUUUUCAUUCCUCCUGAGCUCGUCCACCGGCUCCCUCCAUCAUGGCGGCCGCUGCCCGCCUCUUUCACGCCGUCACGCUCGCGUUGCUGACUUGUUUUCCCGCCGUGGUAUUCUUGCGCAGAGACGUGCUCGAGCUCGGUGACGCGGACUUCGACUACCUGGCAACCGAGCACGAGACCAUGCUGGUGAAAUUCUACGCUCCAUGGUGUGGACACUGUAAGAAACUGGCUCCAGAGUUCGAGAAAGCAGCGAGCCGACUAAAGGGAACCGUCCAGCUCGCCAAGGUGGACUGUACAGCUAACUCAGAGACAUGUGAACGUUUCGGAGUGUCAGGUUACCCCACACUGAAGAUCUUCAGGAACGGACGAGACUCCGCCCCCUACGACGGACCUCGCAGUGCAGAUGGGAUCUAUGACUACAUGAAGAAGCAGACGGGUCCGGAUUCGGCCCUCCUGCAGACCGACGAAGACCUGCAGACCUUCAUCAAGCACUACGACGCCAGCAUUGUAGGUACGAUAUGAUGUCACACGUCACAUGACUUCAGACGCUGUCAGGCGGCGAGCGGCGCUUUUUCAACCACACUGCGUCAUUACUUUACCUCACACCACAUUAUCUUACCAAGCAUUACAGAAAAACUACGUGCCAGAACUCUUAGCGUAAUUUCACCUUAUAGUACAUUAUUGUACGCAACUCUGUGUAAUUUUAUCCUAUAGUACAUUAUCGUACGCAACUCUGUGUAAUUUUAUCCUAUAGUACAUUAUCGUACGCAACUCUGUGUAAUUUUGCAUCACCUUACUUUAUUUAACGUUACAGUACUUUAUCUUUAUUAU